AUGUCUGAAUUUGCCUUGCCAUCUCCUCCAGAAGAGAAUCCAAUCAACAAGAAGAUCGGUUUCUCUACUCUUCUCCUCUCUGACUUUCAUCUCUUUAUCUCAUUCCUCCUCUCUCACCCUUUCUAUGUUUCUUACAUUCUCUUCUUCUCACCUUACAUCUUCAAAAUCGUCUCUUUCCUCUCACCACUCUUUGUCACCACCACACUCGUGCUUCUUGCCUUACUCAGUACUACUCUGCAUUUCAAUGACUCGGAGUCCCCUGAAACCCAACCAAGCUUCCUCUUUUCCUUUUGUAGUAAACUCUGCAGUGUCUUGGAAGAAACCAAACUUGAUGUCAACGAUGAAGAUGUUAAGCCCUUGGAGGAACUGGAAGCGUUUAAGAUGGUCGUUGAGGCUUUGGAGAGCGAGAGUAUGGAGAUAACGUUUGUUGACAAAUUCUGUAGCCAUGAGAGCACAAUAUCGGAAGCAGUUGAGAUCCAACCGCUGAAGUUUGAGGAUCCAAUGGAUUUGGAAAAAGAAGAAGAAACAGAGAAAUGUGAAAAGGAAGAAGAAGAAGAAGAAGAAGAGAAAGUCAAGCCAAAAAGUGAGGCUUUCCUCGAUACUGGAGAAGGGCAGUAUUGGGAAAAACCGACAAAACAAGAAUCCAAAGCUCAAAAAGUUGGUCUUGUCGGAGAUGGUAAUGAUGAUCUGCCAAAACUGAGCGAUUUUCUCGGACAAGUGAAGAAAAAUGAAGUGACUGAUCAGAAGAAGGAAGAAGACGAAAAUGUUUCUCUGAGGAGCUUUGGAUCAAUGAGGAAAGAGAAAGAAUGGAGGAGAACCUUGGCUUGCAAGCUAUUCGAGGAACGACACAAUGCAGACGUGGGACAAGGCAUGGAUCAUCUUUGGGAGACUUACGAGACCGAAACAGAGAAGAAGCAAACCGAAGAAGAGAAGAAGAAGAAGGAGAAGAAGAUUAAGAAGUCGAUGAUCAUGAAGACGAAGAGCAUUGAGAAGAAGGAAGUAGUAGUGGAAGAAGAGGAAGAAGAUGAAGAUGGGAUUGAUCAGCAGCAAUUGUGUUGCCUACAGGCUUUAAAGUUCUCAACAGGGAAGAUGCAUAUGGGAAUCGCGAGGCCUAACCUUUUGAAGCUAUCUAAGGCUUUCAAAGGUAUUGGACGGUUUUACAAUAAUGCUACUAAGCAUUCCAAGAAAGCUUGA